UAAACCUAAGCUUGAGCUGUACAAUCAUUUCCAAUAUUCAAAUCUGCAUAACCUAAAAAAUGGGACUAAUUAAAAUCGUAAUACUGAUUCUAAGUUUUACCUUCCUCUGUCAAGGACAGCGUUUAACGGCAACGUACAGCGCAGCCCGUCUCCCUUACGCUAUGGAUCGAACCGCAGCCUACUACGAUGGGGUUGAUUCCAUUUACCUAUUCGGCGGCCGUGCAAAUAGCUACGAAGUCAGAAGCAUAUCUGUCUAUUCUAUUUCCCAGGAUACCAUAAAAAUGGUCGGGUCAAUCUCAAGCACAUAUUUAUUCGAAAGCUGCGUGGAAUCUGCUACAAAUGGAAACUUAUACUAUUUUGGGAACGUUGCCUCUUCGUACAGCGUAACUAACAAUGCGAUGUUUGACAUUUCAAGAAACACAACCGAAGCAAUUGCAGCGCUACCAUUUUACCCAGCAGAUUGUGGAGCACUUAAGCUCAACCACACUUCCAAUAUUGUCUACAUCUUCAAAGAUUCCCCCCUACGUACAUUUGACCUCGAAACUAUGGUCCUUACUGAGGUUGCCACACUUACGCAUUAUCCCACAAUCUCGACAAAAAUUGGAAACUCUGCGAUAUUUUUUUCCGGCGUAUCUGGGCCUGCUCUGGCACGAGUGACCAAAUUAAACUUGGACACAAUGGAAAUGGAGACCCGAAAUACUGGACUGCAUACUCUAAGUUAUGCACGAGUGGCCUCUGACCUUGUUAGAUACGUUUAUAUAAUUGGUGGCUACGUUCCAGCUGCUGAUCGACCGACGCAAACUAUUAUUCAAUGGGACACACAACUUCACCAGCACGUAUACAUUCCCGUGGAUAAUUAUCCAUUCAGCUAUUCGGAAGAAUCAUGGCAAUAUUCACCAGCUUCGGUUUACGUGGAAAAAUUGAACAGGAUUUAUUAUUUCGGGGGACGAUAUCGACAAAGGGUGGGUGGUGGAACGAUGCCCCUUAGUGCAAUAUGGCACGUUAAUCUGAGCGAUAUUGAUCCCCCAGCCUCGACAACAAUACCCACUGAAUAUCCCAGCACGACGGAGGAAGAACCGGAAACUGAAAUUACAACGGAGUCUGCAAUUACAACAUCCACGACAGUUAUUACCACCACAACUACGCCAAAUCCAGAAAUAAUUACUUGUCAAAAUAAGACUGAUGGAAUGUAUCCACAUCCCUACGACUGUGCCAUGUUUAUUGGAUGUCAUAAUGGUGAACUGGAAAUCUUUACGUGUCCCGUCCCACUACUCUUUGACCCGGUUGCGUCAACAUGCAUGCCACCUCAUUUGGUAGAUUGCAAUAUCUCCUGUGUUGGGAAACCAGACGGCGUAUAUCCACAUGGACAGGAUUGUUCUCUCUUUAUCACCUGCGUCAGCGAGAUAUUGGAAGUUUACAGGUGUCCACCACCACUUCUUUUUGAUCCAAUCCUGUUGGUUUGUAAUUACCCGGAGUUCGUGGAUUGUGUGUAAUCAAUCUAUUGUUAUAUAAUAAUUGAUAAUGGCUUGUUGUAACGUUCUAUUAUUGUAAUUUACUGCUGACUGCAGUGUGCACAAUGGUUUCCAAAAAUAUACUUACCUUAAAUACAUACAAUUGUAUUCUUCUUUAUGAUAUCGAUGUAAUAAAUCCGCAUCAAUCUGUCUUAUUACAAGCGAUCCAUUUGAAAAUAAAUUUAAAACUUAAUUUAAAGUUUUGCGCC